AUUUGGAGUGUGUUCAGUGGGAAGGGUUAAAGAUACUUUAGAAAUCAAAGUGGAGGGUUCCUUUCUUACAAUUUCGAUGCUAAUGAGAUUGAUCUUACUUUUGGUGUGUCAGAUAGCUCUCUAAAACUGAGGGUCGUUUUGAGCCCAGCAGGUGAGUUAAAUCUGCAGCUGUGGACUGAAUCUGAUACAAUUAAGACAUGGUUUAAAGCAUGGGAAGAACCUAUUAAUAAAUGUGAUUUUUAUGCUGCAUGCGGUCCAUAUGGAGCCUGUGAUAAAAACAGUGAUCUCCUCUCGUCACAAUGCAAGUGUUUGAAAGGUUUUAGGACCGAAUUACAUAAACAAUCGGCUCAGGGGGACUGGCCCGGUGGUUGUGUUCGGGAAAAGGCAUUGACAUGUGAUAAAGGGGAAGGGUUUGAGAAGUUUGAGAAAAUGAAACUGCCGGAUCAUGCUAUUAUUUUAGGAAAUAUGAGUACGAGAGAGUGUGAAUCUGAAUGCCUACGGAACUGCUCUUGCACAGCUUAUGCCUAUUCAAAUGUGAUAAAAGGAGGUACUGUAAAAUGCUUGACAUGGCUUGAUGACUUGACGGAUCUUGUAGAGAAUCAUUGGCUUGGGCAAACCAUGUAUAUUCGUGUUCACCGCUCUGAUCAAGUUGCAGGCGGUAAGGGUCAUGUUGAUAAGCUGUUCCUUGUAAUCCCAAUAGUCUCAACAACAGCAGGAUUGCUUACAAUAAUUUUUGGCUAUUUAUUGUGGAAAAAAACAUUGAGAGAUGAAGGGAGCGUAGGAAGGAGCAUAAGCGAGGCUAUAAGAAAUUUUAGCCUUAGAGGUGGAAAGAAUGACCCCGAACUACCACUCUUCAGUUUAAGGAGUUUAGCAGCUGCUACAAAUAACUUCUCUGAAGCUAAUAAACUCGGAGAGGGAGGAUUUGGUCCUGUUUAUAAGGGGAUUUUGAUUGCAAAUGAAGAAGUAGCCAUAAAAAGGUUGUCAAAGAAGUCAGGGCAAGGGCAUCAGGAGUUCAUGAAUGAGUUAAAGCUUAUAGCCAAGCUCCAACAUACCAAUCUUGUUAGGCUGUUGGGUUGCUGUAUUGAAGACGAGGAAAUGAUAUUGAUCUAUGAAUACAUGCCCAAUCGAAGUUUGGACAAAUUUUUGUUUGAUUCAUCUGAAAGGACAAAACUGGAUUGGCGUACACGCUUUCGAAUUAUAGAAGGUGUGGCUCAAGGAGUUCUUUAUAUCCACAAAUAUUCUAGAUUGAAAAUUAUUCACAGGGACCUAAAAGCAAGCAACGUUCUGUUGGAUGAAACAAUGAAACCCAAAAUUUCAGACUUUGGGAUGGCAAAAAUUUUCGGGAUGGAUCAAACUGAGGCAAAUACAAACAGGGUUGUUGGGACAUACGGUUAUAUGUCUCCCGAGUAUGCCCUCUAUGGCCAUUUUUCAGAAAAAUUGGAUGUGUUUAGCUUUGGAGUGUUACUCUUAGAGAUUGUGAGUGGAAAGCGGAAUUCUGCUUUUCAUCGUUUUGAAGAUCCGCUUACACUUGCUGGAUGGGCAUGGAGGUUAUGGAAAGAAGGAAGAGAAAUCGAGGUUAUUGAUGAAUUGUUAAGGGAAACGUGCCAGCUUGAUGAAGAUUUGAGGUGUAUCCAUGUAGGGCUAUUGUGUGUUCAAGAAGCUCCAGCAGAUCGACCAUCAAUGUCUUCGGUAAUUUGUAUGUUGCACAACAAUGAAGCUACAUCACUUCCACCCUUCAAAGAGCCUGCUUUCUCAAUACAUAAGAGUGCCUGUGCUGUUGGUUCUUCUCCUCAAUCAUCUGCCAGGUUUUCGAACAAUGAACUCACUGUUAGUUUGCCAGAAGGUCGAUAGAGGUUCAGUCAUGUUUCGUUUUGUGAACGUCAAAAUUAAAUAUGUAAACCUUAAGAAAAGCACUAUCACAUUCAACUCUUCUUUUCCAUAUCAGAAAUUGUAGAUCCUUGAGUUUGCCAUGAUGUAUAUCUGUUUUAAACAAAGACGGAAGAUGGUAGAUCCCGCAUCGUCCAGGGGAGUGGAUCAUCUAUGCCUUAAAUGUACAUGCCCACCUCCAAAUAGCACGAGGCAUUUUUAGAGCUUACUGGCUUCCGGUUCCAUAGGAACUCCGAAGUUAAACAAGAAUGGGCCAGAGCAUUCCCAUGAUGGGUGACCCACAUGGAAGUUCUGCUCGAGUGCAUUCCUAGAAACAAAACCGUGAGGGCGUGGUCGGAGCCCAAAGCGGACAAUAUCGUGCUAUGGCGGAGGCGGGGCCCGGGAAGUAUUUUUAUAUUAGCGAUUUGUUUUGUGCAGCCAUGGGUACCAAAACCAAGCAAAGUUUGGUGCUUUCAGCUAUUUUUUAUGCCUAUUUCUCAAGCUCCAUGUUUCCAGUGCAACUGACUCCGUCACUGCAAACCAAUCUCUCUCCGGUGAUCAAACCAUUGUCUCUGCAGGUGGGAUUUUUGAGCUCGGUUUCUUCGAAUUAGGUGGCCGCUACUACAUCAGUACAUGGUACUACAACCAAGUGGUAUCUGCGAGUACCAUAGUUUGGGUGGCGAAUAGGGAGCAACCGGUCUUCGAUAAAUUUUCUUCAGUGUUGAGGAUCUUAGACGGUAAUUUACUUCCCUCCAAUGAGUCAAAAACUCCAGUUUGGUCCACAAAUGUGACCUCCAACAACUUCUCUUCAGUAAAAGCAGUUCUAUUGGAUAGUGGGAA